AAAUUAAGAACAAAUAUUGCCCAGCUAUUAGAAACAUUUUAGAACAAUAAUGGAGGGAAGGAAAUGUGAUGAGUGUCAGAUGAAGAAAACAGAGGAUAAGGAGACAUCCUCACAUCUUCGAUCUGGGUUCCACCAAAACUCAAAUGAGCUUAUUACUUUAUGUGGUGCAGAAGUUGGUGAAACUACAUUAGAAUCCCAACGGAAUGGAGAUGUGCUGCCCCUAGUGGAAUCCCAUCACCGAACUAACAUUCUCAAUCUCGCUAACCAGGGUAACGAUGUAUUGCUUCGCCAACUAAUGGGGGAGCAAGAAAGUGGAAGCAUCGAUAUUGAUCAGAUUGCUGCACAAGGGAUGCAGUGGUGGAAAAGACGUAUGGACAAGAUGAAUCCGGAGGAGUUGCAACGAUUCCAUGCUGUGUUGGGGAUUCUUAAGGAAAGGAUGCAAAGUCAUUUGCAACAACGGCUCAGAAUUAGCGACUCUAAUUCUGAGGCAGCAAGCACCUCUACCUCUAGUACUAGUACUAAUGGUAGAGGUAGGCGCAGACGACGUUGAUUAUAUUUUUCUUUUGUCAUUUUGAAUAAAUUGUUGUAAUUUACUUUCUUUUUAAGUGAUUAAAAAUUUGUAAUUUUUUAUUAUUUAAUAAAAAUAAAAGUUUUUU